AUGCUUAAGAACACCGUCUUCCUUGCGGUCCUACUCCUGCAGACCCUGUCAUUUACAGUGGCCCUCCCGUCUCCAAUUGAUGGGCAGGUCAAAGGGGUGGCUGUGGAGGAUGGUCACGCCAGGAAUGGAGACGUCGGUGACCAUAAGGACCAUGACUGUGAUCCCUGUGAAAACCACGACCACGACCAUGACCAUGACCACGACGGCGGCGACGAUAAUAACCACUGCGAUAAUACUACUGUCACCAUUACUGAUCAGGUGCCCGGCCCGACGGUGACCAUCACUGUCAUUACUACCGACAUUAUUGAACCGACUGACUGCUCGACUAACGGUCUUGUCCCUACCGACUGCGCCACGGAAACUAUUACGGAGCCAGGUCCAACUCAGACAAUCACAGAACCAGGCCCAACUCAGACUAUUACAGAGCCGGGCCCAACUGAGACGAUCACGGACUGCUCGACUAACGGUCUUGUCCCUACCGACUGCGCCACGGAAACAAUCACAGAGCCGGGUCCAACCCAGACGAUUACAGAACCGGGCCCAACUCAGACGAUCACAGAGCCAGGUCCAACCCAAACGAUCACAGAACCGGGCCCAACCCAAACGAUCACAGAGCCGGGUCCAACUCAGACGAUUACAGAGCCGGGCCCGACCCAAACGAUCACAGAGCCGGGUCCAACUCAGACGAUUACAGAGCCGGGCCCGACUGAGACGAUCACAUACUGCUCCACUAACGGUCUUGUCCCCACCGACUGCUCCACGGAAACUAUUACGGAGCCCGGCCCAACUCAGACGAUUACAGAACCAGGUCCAACUCAGACUAUUACAGAGCCGGGACCAACUCAGACUAUUACAGAACCAGGUCCAACCCAGACGGUUACAGAGCCAGGACCAACUCAGACAAUCACGGAGCCAGGCCCAACUGAAACAGACACCGUAACGGUUACUGUAGUCCCUGGCGUAGUGACAAGCACAGAGACAGUAACAGAAACGGAGACAGUAACAGAAACGGAGACAGUUACCGACACGGACACAAUUACCGCGUCAGUGACGGUGACUCAAACGACGACCGAGGUGACGACCGCUACUACUACCUAUUGCCCAACGACGACUCCGACAGGAGGACCGGACACCGGUGACUGCACUCCCCCAACCAUUUCCUAUUAUCCAGACCGCGACCCCAAUCAAGCCUUCGAGAUCGAUGACACCGGUAUUUACCAACAUGGAUCGUCAGCCUUGAUCAGCACGCAAACGAGCUUCAUCUGCAAUCAGCUGAGAAGUCCAUGCAAUGCUCCCGCAGCAACUGUGGAGUACUGCUGGACCGCAGCCGCAAUGGUGGACGCAAGCGGUCUGCAAGGUGAGGCGCAGGCUGAUUAUUGGAACUCGUUCUGGACCUAG